CAUUUUCAAUGUAUCCAUGGCCUGGAAUGAUCAAAAGACUGGACAGCAGCGACUAAAACAGUUGGAGCAGAUCCUUUCUAUGGGUUUCCAGAAUAAGUUCUACAACGUCAGUGUUAUGCCCCCUGACUUACGACCAAAUAGUGGGCUGAGUGAGUACAGAGUCAACGUGUCCAGCGACACUCCUCACUGGUAUGUCAUGGACUACAUGAGCCGGGUCGGACGCUACUAUGGCGUCACAACAGCAUACGUGGAAGACCUAGAUGAGUGCAAAGGCAACGAGACUUUGUGUACUAAGCCAGCUGUUUGUUCCAACACCUAUGGAGGUUACAGAUGUGUAUGUAAUGGCACAGACCUGAAGGAGGCACAGUCUUGCAUUUUAGACAGGGGCAGCCUUAACCACACAAGCUUGCCUGCUGCCAAGACCCUGGAGGAUAAGAAGCCCCUGAUUCUGGGCCUGGUACUGGGCAUCGGCAUCCCCCUCCUGCUGCUGCUCCUUCUGGCCGCAUUGGCCUGCUUCUGCUGCUCCCGCAGGAAAACCGUCACUGGAGACAUUCCUCACUUGGUGCCGGUGUACGUUCAAGGGCAGUUCAGCUCUCACUUAAACUACGAUGACCCUGCCCUGCAUUACAAGAGCCACUGCAGCCCGCGUAUCCUUGACAACAUCACACCCCGAUACAAGCGACACAUUCAGCAUCCGCUCAGCCGUCUGCCUCCUGGAGCUCACACCUAUCACUGUAAUUGUAACUAUGUGCAAAGCUAAAAAAGUAAAUAAGUAAAAUUUAUCAAAUGUACAGCAUAUUUAUGGCCCGCA